UUGUAAGCAAGAAAACAUACAUCCUUUUUCAUCCGCAGUCCUUCCGUAAUGAAUUUAUGUCAGCACAACGAAUUAAUAUGAAACUCACGUAGGUGGCUUGGUCCUCAAGGCUUAUUACGACCUGCUAAAUGACUAAAUGUAUAGCUUAGCCUCAUGCUAGAGUAACAAGAACUGCACCACUAUACUCUUAGACUGUUCUAUGGUGGGUGGUACUAGCAAAAAUGCCAUGUUAUUGGCAUGAUCUUUUAUAAUGAGAGGAAUAAGAAUCAGAUAACACACUGACUUUAAAUAUGAAUCCUCGAUAUUAGUCGAUAAUGUUGCUGCAACAUCUAUAGGCACAACGGAAAUGCAUAAAGCUGAAUUCAUGACAUUCGUACUUUUUGGACCAAAUUUUACCAUACAUACGCUCAGAUAUAUACCUGACAUUACGAUUGCAUGUAGAUCCUUAAAUCUAAAAAAUGCUUAUCUUCAACUUCAGCACCAUCCAUUGGCAGCUUCCCAUAUGGAGAUCUCCUAUUACCCACCACCUAUCUCAGAUUUUGCCUGCGUGCCAUGCCCAGCAACUGCAUAAUUGGCUUCAUUCAAACGCAGAGCUUAUGUGUCUUGGUAAUGAAGUCCUGAAGAAGAAGAAGACGAUGACGACGACGAUGACGGCGAUGAAGACGAUGACGACGACGACGACGACGACGACGACGACGACGACGACGACGACGAAGAAGAAGAAGAAGAAGAAGAAGAAGAAGAAGAAGAAGAAGAAGAAGAAGAAGAAGAAGAAACAGAAAGAAGAAGAAGAUGCAAAUGGUAAAGAAUUGAUUCCUGGGCAUUAAUUGGCUCAUAAUCAGAUUGGAAAAAUUAUUAAAAGAGCCGACAAAUAACAGAAGACAAGGCGCAAAGCGCCUUGAGCUGCAGAUGGCCUGACAUGCAAGUUUCGGCUGCCUCACCAGGAGUGACAAUCAUCAAGGAUCCUAGGUCCUCAGGACUACUGUCCAACCUUGAGAAAAAGCAAAGCUUUUGCAUCUCCUCAAAUUCAUUCCUGGCAUUCGGGCUUUCGUGCUGUGCACAAUCUAGUUGCAUCCCCCGUGAAACCACCCUGGCCUGCAGCCACCGCACUGUGGUUUGCACAUUCCCACACAGCACUUCCCUCUGCCGCAAUCACUAUGGGCGCAGCAAUUCUGGCGACACAAACCACCGCAGCACUUGUUGAGGCCGACUGCGCAGCAAUCGUUGUCUACGCAGCAGUCCUUACACACUCCACCGCAGCACUUCUUCGAUUUUGGGCAAUGGCUGUCUGAGCAGCAAGCCUUGCAUUCUGUGCCGCAGCAUUGAGUGCCGGCUGGGCAUUUCCUACAGUUGCAGCAGCCUGGGGUUCCAGGACAACAGUCUCCAUCUUUGCACUGUCCGUUGCAGCAGACCUU